AUGCCCCUCCUGCUCCGCCGCCUCGCCGGCGCCGUCUCGGCGCCCCUCCGCCGCCCCCUCUCCACAGCGCGCUCGCGCCCCCCGUGGGCCAUGGUGAACAUCGAGGCGGCGCUGGACGCGUCAGGGGUGCCUUCGCCGGGCGGGCGCGCGCGCGCGUCCUUCGACCUCAACGCGGCCCCGCGCGCCUCCCGCCUCUCCGUCCCCGCCCGCUUCGUCGACCCCCGCGGCUACAACACGGACUUCCUCGUCGGCAUCGUCCGCGGCGCGAGCUGCGACGGCCUCCUCCUCCUCGAAUACCUCGACACCCGCCAGUGCCGCAGGAUGCACGAACUGGACGCGGGCGGCGGAGUUGAGCGGGACCCGACGCUAUUCGUCUGCAACCCUCUAAGCGGCCAGCUGUUCCGCCUCCCUGCCCCGGACGCGGAUGCCGCGAAGAUGGUCACGCCCUUUGGCCUGCUCACCCAAUCCGGAUCCCCCCAAGGCUCCCACGGCGGCCCGCCUGAUAGGUACGUGGUCGCUCAGCUCACAUUCCGGGAAUGGGACAACCGCAUAGUCCUGCGUCGGUAUUUGUCGGAAACAGGGCAGUGGGAGGAGCGGCCGAUGGUCGUCGUGGCCGGGCCGCAGGACGCUGAGCGGCGGACGCUGGUAGACCACGAGGUGCUGGCGUUCGGGGACCGGCUGUGGUGGGUGGACGUGACCUGGGGUGUCUGCUCCGUCGACCCGUUCAGCGACCGGCCGGAGUGUCGCUUCGUCGAGUUGCCGGAGGACUGUGUGCUGCCUGCUCCACAUGUCGGUAACCUGGCAGCGAGUCUGGCCAUGAGCAGGUACCGGCGCAUGGGGUUCAGCGAGGGGAAACUGCGGUUCGUCCACCUGGGUAAAAAAGACAAGUCGGUCAUAAUCGGCUCCUUCUCCCUCGAUGCCGAGAGCUGCAGCUGGACGCUGGAUCACACCAUUGGAUUUCAAAUUCCAGAGACCUCGCCCGAUGAAUCUGGGCCGCUAGACCCCCACAGGCCGUGGGUUGCUGCCAUCGAUCCCUUCAAAGCCAACGUUUUGUACGUCCAACAUCGUGCUGCUGUUGUUGCCCUGGACAUGGCUAAGGCAGAGGAGAUUUGGAGGAGUCCUCUUCCUGAAAAAAUAGCCUGUCAAAUGGACCGCCACUCUAGUCUCUUUCAUCCAUGCGUGCUCCCAACAUGGCUUGCAUCAAGCUAUAUCCCAGGAACUCCUGCGAGUGACAAGACAAAUUUCAAAGGGAAGACUUUGGCAGAGAUGCUGGUUCGUGUAGACAGAGGCUAG